CGGACUCACGACCCUAAACUGCGGCGUCCAUAAUUUGCGCCGCCGCCGCAGCGCCGUGGGUUCGAAGCCAGCGUCUGCCCGUAGCAGGUUCGCGUCCCGGGCGCGAUGCUGUUCGACAAGGUGAAGGCGUUUGUGGUGCAGCUAGAUGGGGCGAGCGCGGGCACGGAGCCGGUGUUUGGCGGCGGCCAGGUCGUGGCGGGCCGGGUGCUGCUGGAGCUGGCGGGUGCGGCGCGCGUGGGCGCCCUUAGGUUGUGCGCGCGGGGCCGUGCUCACGUGCACUGGACCGAAUCGCGCAGCGCGGGCUCGAGCACCGCAUACACGCAGAGCUACAGCGAGCGCGUGGAGGUGGUGAACCACCGCGCCACACUCCUUGCGCCAGACACCGGAGAGACUAUGACGACUCUGCCUCCAGGGCGCCAUGAGUUCCCGUUCAGCUUCCAGCUGCCCCCGACCCUAGUGACGUCCUUUGAGGGCAGACACGGCAGCGUCCGCUACAGCAUCAAGGCCACCUUACACCGGCCCUGGGCCCCGGCGCGCCGGGCAAGGAAGGUGUUCACUGUCAUCGAGCCUGUGGAUAUCAGCACUCCCGCCCUGCUGGCACCCCAGGCGGGCACACGGGAGAAGGUCGCCCGGACCUGGUACUGUAACCGUGGCCUCGUCUCCCUCUCGGCUAAGAUCGACCGAAAGGGCUACACACCAGGUGAGGUGAUCCCCGUCUUCGCCGAGAUCGACAACGGCACCACACGCCCUGUACUACCACGGGCAGCCGUGGUCCAGACACAGACCUUCAUGGCGCGAGGAGCCCGCAAGCAGAAGCGGGCUGUGGUGGCCAGCCUGGUGGGUGAGCCCGUGGGCCCUGGGCGGCGGACACUGUGGCAGGGCCGGGUACUGCGGAUCCCGCCUGUGGGCCCCUCCAUCCUGCACUGCCGUGUGCUGCACGUCGACUAUGCCCUCAAGGUCUGUGUGGACAUCCCAGGCACAUCCAAGCUGCUCCUGGAGCUCCCGCUGGUCAUUGGCACUGUGCCCCUGCACGCUUUCAGCAGCCGCUCAUCCAGUGUGAGCAGCCACGCCAGCUUCCUGGUGGACUGGGGGCUGGGCGCCCUGCCGGAGCAGCCUGAGGCCCCUCCUGAGUACUCGGAGGUGGUGGCAGAUGAGGAGGUGUCCACUGCAGGAGAGAAUCUCUUUCCACUACUGCCAGACAUCAACCUAGGCCCUGAGGGCCCCUUCUACGCCUACAUCCAGGAGUUCCGCUACCGCCCACCGCCCCUGUACUCUGAGGAGGACCCUCACCCACCCACAGAGGCCAUCAGACCCCGCUGUAUGACCUGCUGAGCAGCAAGUGGACACCUUGAGGGAUGAAGCUGCACACUGUUUCCAGCCACCACAGACAUGGGGAGCACCUGGAGCAAGGACAAACCAACCUGACUGCUUUGAAGUUGGGGAAAUGGAGUCUCAGGUUGGACACAGGCUGUUCUGAGAUCACACAGGACAGAGGAAGAGCUGGGCCGGAAUCUAACAUAUCUGGACUUGCUGUCCUCGUGAGGCAUCUUAACACCAAGUGCAAGAUCUGAGUGAUUGUUUAAUGUGUCUAUGCCCAGUCUGUGGGCAGUGCUGGGGACCCCAAGAAGCCUCCAGUCUGAGAGUUCCCUGAGGGUGAACCCAGGAAUCAGACACAGAUACUUCCAGCCUCAUGGGACCAGAUGAAAGGACCCCAGGGCUGGGGAAGUCCGGGGUGGGGGGGGAUCAGGGAAGGCUUCCUGGAAGAAAAGAUGUUUUAGCUAAGACUUUGGCAUAUGAAUGGGAGCUCAAUAGGCAGGCAAGUGAAAGGGCAGAGAAGUCAGAGAAGGUCAGAGCUGAGCGAAGUUUAGAGCCCAGUCCCUUCAUUUUAGGGGAGAGAACUAGGAGCUCAGAGGCAAGUGCCUCAGUUGAGGCCACUCAGUGAGUUCUGGUGGGAGAGAAGGCCCAGGAGUGAGGUGUUUAGGGGAGCAGGUUUUUGGGGUGAUGUGGGGACUGUGAGUGGGAGGGGUAGCAGCUUCAGCCUUUGAAAGUCAGAGUUUCCAGGCCUCGGCUGCGACUGCCCAGGGGCUCCUCUGAGUACCCCAGUAUAUCAGGGCCACCUGAGCAGGAAACCAAGGCUCAGGGGGACAGACAAGACUGAUGGCAUAACUUGCAAAAUGAAACUGCAGGGACCUCCUGUUCAGAAGAGUCUGAUGCAUUUCGAGAAGGGGACUACAGAGCAUUAACUCUGGUGCAGGGCCCCCAUGGGACUGCUCAGGCCACACACCCUGGGGACAAAGGCCAGCCUGGGGCCCCCUUUGUCCUGACAGCACAAAGCAUGAAGGGGCAGCUGGAUCAGUCCUCCAACUGCAGAGUCCCAGUCCUGGCUGGGGCAGGGCCUUUGCCUGGGACUCAGCAUUUUUGAUAAACCUUUUAAAACUGUACUCUUCUGUACAAUUAUUUUUUUAAAAUAAAAGUGUGGAGGA